AUGGAAGCGAAUGCUGUAAUGACCAGAAGCGCCACUAAAGGUGGAAAACAGAUAGCUACAACACGGUCUGGUGCUUAUGAUCCUUUGAAGAAAACACACGAUGCUUUAAAAAACUCAAAACUUAGUAAAGAUUUACAAAAACAAGCAAAAGUUGAAAAAAAGAAUAAUCAUCUAUUCAACAAAGACGAAAAUCCACAAGAAAAAGAAGAUGUGGAUCCAAACCAAUCUAUAAGAUUUAUUGAUGAGGAUCUCCCAAUGGACGAAGGUGGGGAUGAUCCGGAUUAUGUUUACGAAGAACCAACUAAGGCAGAUCUACCAUUUAACCCAACUACCACUUCCAUGGAGAAAGAAUUGGAUAAGUUGGCACAAGAAGACAAACCAGAUCCAGAGGAAGAGAUGAAGAAUUUCCUUGAAUCAGAACCUACCAUCAAAGAUGCUGACAGAACAUUGGUUGACAACCAAACAAAAGAAGAAGUAUCGAAGAAACCAGAAAAUUUGGAUGAUGAAGUCGAAGAUGAUGGUAUUUACGAUCCAAUAAUUGGGAAAUUUAAUGCUACUGAACAUCAACCCUUGGAUCAGGAUGAUGAAAUGGAAGAUUUGGAAGAGGAUCUGUCAAAACAGAAUAUUGGACUUUUACGCCGUAAGAGAACAAGUAAAUAUGACAUUACUGACAAACAAUCAUACUACAACCAAUUAAUCAGAAAGAACAUUACGAGUAGUAUCCCAUUAGGUGAUAUCUUGGGAAUCUGUCCAGAUUUUAGGAAGUUCCUUCAUGAUUCCACGAAAGGUACAUUGGUUGCUAGAGAAGGUCCUGUGAAGUCAUCACAAUGA